AUGCAGAACACCUACAAGACACAUCUGGAGGACGAAGAGAUCUUCCAGCUCUCACUGUGGAACGGUUGCGGCCAGUCGCCUUUUGAAUUUGCCAUACCGCCGACGCCCUUGUGCGACCCGGAUCUCCCUAUGCUGACCAGCAGUGCGAGUGGAGAGGAGAUGGAAGAGAUGAUUUGGAGCGAUAGCGAUAACAGCCAGAUGUACGGAUGUCAAUCCGAGAGGUUGGCGAAGGGUAAAGAUCCUCCUCGAGACUCAAGCUCACCCCUCGCUCGUGCUGCUAAAGCGAGAAGCCUUCAUGCUCAACACACUGGCGUCGCUGCUCCACGUGCUGAUUUGUCUACAGCCGAAGCCAGAAACGAAGAGCCCUACGAAGCUGAAGUCCUGCAUCGAGUGGCGGACGACACGGUGCCCGGGGUGAGUUUACAAGAGAAGCCCGAACUGGCCCACCACCUGCAGAACGACAGCUCGAUCCUUACUCUCGCCGUGGGAAGCCGAUAUAUCUAUGCUGGCACACAAGAUGGAGAGAUUGUGGUGUGGUCUUUGGCUUCGUUCGAGCUGGUGAACAGGAUACAGGCGCAUACCAGGGCAGUCCUCUGCUUAUUCCUCUCCGGGGACGGCAACCUUCUCUUCUCGAGUGCUGGAGAUGCGAUUGUGAAUGCCUGGUGCCCGGAUUCGUUGAACCGGCUCUACCAUGUUUACAGUACGUACGACGUUGGCGAUGUCUUCAGUGUGGCAUAUUCGACGCAAUUCCAGACGGUGUACCUGGGUGCCCAGAAUACCAGUAUUCAAUGGUGCAGCUUGAAGGAAUCAAGUACGAGGCCUUCCCCAUGCCCGGACAACCACCCUGAUCGUCGAAACCAUCGGUUCUUCGAUUCUGUUGCUGUAGGAGGAAAACACACACCCAGACCGCAUACUACCCGCACAGGAGCGGAUGAUGGCCUGGUGUUGGAAAUUGACAAGUCGCACAUGAUGCAAUAUGCUCAUUUUGGCUACGUCUAUUGUAUGCUCCUGGUUCGUGGUAUCACUCGGCUGGUGGAUGCGGACGAAGAUGUGCUCAUAUCUGGUGGUGGAGAUGGCACAAUCAAGAUCUGGAAGCUGUCAUACGAUAACAGCCAGGCCAUUCAAGAAGUCGCUCGCCUAGGUGAAGAUGACGCUGAAUCGGUUCUUUCAAUGGCCGUCGAUGGGUCGUUUUUGUAUAGCAGCAAACUCGAAGGAGUCAUUGAGCUAUGGGAUCUCGAUACCAAGCAGAAGCUUCGUGUCAUCAGAGCACACAAAGGGGACGUAAUGACCUUGCAAAUGGGCUGGGGAUAUCUGUUCAGUGCCGGAUCUACUGGAUAUGCGAGAAAAUACAGUACGGUUCAAUACGGAAAAUAUCAGAACUCAAUCUUAUUCAACCAAAAAUACCACUGUGUCAAUAGGUGGAAGGCUCAUGAAGGCAGAAUCCUGGCAUCGGCUCUCACCACUUUCAAUGGACAACAACUCUACAUUACAGGUGCCAACGAUAACUCAGUCUCGGUAUGGAACAUCACGGGCUGCGAUUCAACAAAAGCCGGCAAGGCGGAAGUUGCUGAGAAUCAGUUGCUCAAGUCUCUGCAAGAAUUUGUUUCUUUCAAGACAAUCUCCUCACGACCAGAUCAUGCUGAAGACUGUCGUCGUGGAGCUACGUUCUUGAGAACGCUGUUCAACAAGCAUGGCGCCCAGACCGAGAUGCUGAAUACAGACGGUCGCCAUAAUCCAGUUGUCUACGCUAGAUUCAAGGGGAAACCUGCGACUUCUGGCGAGAGGAAGAAGAUCCUGUUCUAUGGUCACUAUGACGUUGUUCCUGCUGAUAACAAGCAAAACAAAUGGAUCAUUGACCCAUUCGACAUGAAGGGUAUCAAUGGCUACCUGUAUGGCCGAGGUGUGACUGACAACAAGGGCCCGAUCAUGGCUGCUCUUUAUGGCGUCGUUGACCUCAUCCACGAGAAGGCGCUCGAAGCUGAUAUCAUCUUCCUUAUUGAGGGCGAAGAAGAAUCGGGAUCCCGAGGCUUCAAGGAGGCCGUGAGGAGACACAAGGAGCUGAUUGGCGAUAUUGACUACAUCAUCCUCGCUAACAGUUACUGGCUGGAUGAUGAUGUACCCUGCUUGACCUACGGUCUGCGAGGUGUUCUUCAUGCUACUGUUAAGGUGGACAGCUCUCAUCCUGAUGUUCACAGCGGUGUUGACGGAAGCUACAUGAUGGAUGAGCCACUGUUCGACCUGACUUCUAUUCUGGCAAAGCUAAAGGGUCUCCACAACCGGAUCCAGAUUCCUGGCUUCUACGAUUCCAUCCUGCCCCUGACUGCGGUUGAGGAGGCUCGCUACGACGAUAUCACAGAGACUCUCAUUCGCCGUAACCCCGAGAAUGGCCCACCCGAGACAUUAAAAGCUUCCCUAAUGGCACGCUGGAGAGAACCAAACUUGACAGUCCAUCGCUACAAAGUCUCCGGACCAGACGGCUCCCUCGUCUCCUCUCACGCCAGCGCCGCCAUCUCACUGCGUCUUGUCCCCAACCAGGAAGUCGAAGAUGUCAUCCAAUCCCUCACAGCCUUCCUCACCGACGCCUUCGCCAAACUUGAUACCCACAAUCAUCUCUCCAUCACAAUUGAUAAUCAAGCCGACGCCUGGCUUGGCGACCCCGACAACGAGAUCUUCCAGACCCUCGAGGAAGCAAUCAUGAACGUCUGGGGACCCAUCGGCGAAGGCCGCUGCUCCAGUGUUCCCGGUCCACGACCAAAGCCUCAAGCCCUGAAACCUGGUUCUCCUGCUAUGCCCAGCGUGAGCCCUAGUCUUAAGCCUACGCCUGCAACUGUCACAACACUCACUAACGGCAGCAAUCAUACUUCGCUUGCAGCUAUACCGCUUGAGCCUGCAUCUUUAACUUCCCUCGUGUCUUCAAAUAGCGCCAACGGGAGCAAAACGAAGGGGAGGAAGCCGCUGUAUAUCCGCGAAGGAGGCAGUAUCCCUAGUAUCCGCUUUCUGGAGAAGGAAUUCGACGCCCCGGCUGCGCAUCUACCAUGUGGUCAGGCCAGUGACUCUGCGCAUAUGGACAACGAGCGUUUGAGGAUCAGUAACCUUUACAAGAGUCGCGAGAUCUUUAGACAGGUUUUCAAAGAGUUGCCCCGGAAUAAUCCUCGAAAACCCGAUUUUUCGAAUUUACCACUUUCCGAGUGGUCGGAUUUCAAGGGACGAUCACAAAAAGUGGGCAAAACUAAUAUCAGAAGAGUCCCAAGCCAGAAUGUCUUGGGAAAGACUUGGGUCACUCCACGGAUUUUCAAACUUUGGAAAUUCUUCUACCCAAAUGUAAUGGAGCGAGUACAAUUGCCCGGCAUUGCUAAAGGACAAAGGGUGGUACUAGAGUCAGACUCAGAAGAUAUCAUGAAUGAGCUGCGAACUCUAGUCAGAGAUCAUACAUCGAGUGACGCUGGAGCGUACAGAUUGGGGACUCAGAUCUGGUACAAUCGAAAGCUGGAUACCCAAGCGUUUGCAUCUAUUACUCUUGGCGGUGUCUCUUACCAUCCCGGCGAUUGUGUAAUUGUUGCAUCCGAAGCCCAGAGCGAAGAACCGCGGUUCGCAAGAAUCAUCUCGAUAUUUGAGGAUGAGGACGACGAAGUCUCCGUACAUCUAAGAUGGUUCGAAGUUGGCUCGAAUACCAUACUAGGAGAAACAGCUGGGCCUCGGGAGCUUUUUCUUCUGACAAGCUGCGAUAGUAAUCCAGUAAAUUGUAUUGUAGCCAAAGUCAAGGUUGGCUUCUUCGGUGACCAGAAUUCAGGUCGAUAUGACUCCGUCAGCGACACAAUCGAUCACGAAGAUUUCGGUUUCUAUUACCGACACCACUGGAACCCCAAUUCGAAACAGUUUACAAGUGCCAGCGACCACGAAUCAAACAUUUACCUAGGCUUGGGUAAAAAAUCUCUCAGCGGGACUUGCCAUUGCUGUAAAAUAAUGGCUGAAAGGCUUCAGGAUGAAGAGACCAGAAUCUUGUGGGAUAUUGUCCCAGACUCAAAAGGGCGAGGGAUCAUCUCCGGUUUCUGUUCGAGACAGGUUCAAUACCGAACCUUGGACUUCGUGUACUUACUUCCGGUUGACCAUUCUGAGCCUUGUCGAAUAGGGCAAAUCCAAGAUAUAUACUUAUCACGAUUUUCAGAGGUCUCAAAACUGACUUCAACGAUGGUCAGCGACCAUGACGUCCGACUUAAAGUUGCUAUCUAUAAAAGGUACGACGACUUAGUUCCUAGCCGAGGACAGGAGCACGAACCUGGAAGGAAGUUCGGCAUCCGCGAUUCUCGACGAUUAUUCUUUACAGGGGAGACCAUCAAGAUCGACGGAAGUAUCGUGGACGGAGUAUGUUACGUGCUUCACCGGGACCAUGUGGACGACCUAGACUCAUUCAAGGAUCAGAAAGACACUUUCUGGGUCAAGGAUAGGCUGGAAGAGGAGAUUGAUUGGGAUUCAUGCGUAAGACCCCGGGACUUGAGGCCUCUUGAUUCCGGAUCCGUAAGAUACUCCGCGACAAAAUUCGAACACGAGAAGAAGAUGAUUCUCGUCAGGGAAUUCCUAGAGCGGGGCGAGAAAGCAAGAACUUUGGAGCUAUUCAAUGGAAUCGGUGGACUGACGGUUGCUUUCAAAGGCAUCUCUGGGAUUACCAACGCGGUUGAGAUCGAUCCUGCCGCGUGCGUGACAAUGAGAAACAAUCAACCUGGAGUCAUCGUUCACAAAGGAGACGCGAGUAAUCUUCUGUUACGUGCUAUAAAGAGGGACCAAGGGGCUAAGUUGGGGAAGCUCUUUGACGGGAAAGGAAAUCUCAUACCAGAUUUGCCUUUCAGAGACCAAGUAGACUUCAUCAAAGGUGGACCACCAUGCCCGGGAUAUUCUGUUGCGAAUUGCCAGAAGAAAGACGGAGAGCCCAAGAACAGUCUGGUAGCGUUAUAUUCGGCAUACGUAGACUUCUACAGACCGAAGUACAGCCUGAUUGAAAACGUCACGGGCUUGAUACACCAUACGCUGCGAACACCGGAAAGCAAUGAUUUCAAAACUAAACCAGAGACACUCGAGAAUGGUACAAUCAGAAUGAUCUACCGUACCUAUACGAGCAUGGGAUACCAAGUGCAAUGUGCAGUACUAUAUGCCGAGGAGCAUGGUAGCCCUCAGUCGCGGCCCAGAGUCAUCAUCUGGGCCACGCAGCCAGGCUGCCGAUUGCCCGAGUAUCCUCAGCCGGAACAUCUCUGGAAAACUCGUGCUGCGUGCCCUAUCUUCAUGCCUGGCUCAAAGUUGAACCAAUCCGACUUUCACUGGCAUCGCAAACGCCGAUCAACACCCCACAGAGUCGUUACCCUUGGCGAUGCGUGGAUAGACCUUCCGGAGUACGACAUUAAGAACCCUCACUUGAUCAUCCCUCAAACUCGAUUUCAAAAGUUCGAAGCUGAACAAAGGCGGAAUAAAAUAACAUUCUAUGAUUCUCUGGAUGGAGAAUCUUACGUUGGCAGCGAUAAUCAGACUUACGCCUCUGGCCCUAAGUCAGAAUACCAGAGAAUUAUGAGAAAAGGAACUACAGAUAAUGUGAUCACUGCCCACGUCACCAGGAAGCUGACCUCAAUCAAUACCGAGCGCGUGUGUACGAUACCACUGGUUACAGAGGCUAAUCACGAGAGCCUCCCGGUCGCUCUCAAAUUCAGAUCCCGCAACUCUACUCCGGUCUACUCCCCAAAAAAAUGCUGCAGAUUGGCUUUGGACGGUAUCCACAAUGUUUGCAUGACGGAACUUGAAGUUGCAGGAAAGUACGGAAACAAUUGGCGAGUAGAGGAUGCCAUCAGAGGCAUAGGAAAUGCGGUUCCCGUUCCCCUUGGAGCUAGCCUCGCUGAAGGAUUCCUCGACUCCUGGAUGCAGUACAUCAAGAACCGAGACCGAAUCGAGCCCCGCUAUGAGGAGCCAGCUGCUAGAAAUCCCGUUCGCGUUGUCCAUCAGGAAGUCAUCGUCAUUCCGGACUCAGAGGAUGAGUAA